UAAAUACUACUCCAGUAUGAUUGCUCGUUGUUUACUGAAUCCUAUCUGGGUCUUGUUCGAUGUUUUUAGGUUGGAAUGAGAUUCGGUUUAUAGCUAAUUUUUUGAAAUUGGGGUUUGAUUGUUUCAUGAUUUUUUGGAUUCUGGUCAAGAUAUUCUUGUACUUAAUCGAGCCAAUUAAACCAGCCAAAGGGUGUGAUUCUAAGAAACUGGGUGUUGGAUUAGUGAAAAAUUUAGUUCCUUUUUAGGGUAGAUUUGGUGCUAUUUUUUUUUUGCCAUAAGUAAAAAAAGAAGCUUUUAUUUGUAUCUUACCUUAUUAUUAUGCUGUUAAGGAAAAAGGUGGUGUUCUUGUGCUGUUGUUUCCCUGCAGUUGAUGUGCAUGUCUUAAUAUUAAGUGGCAAGCUUAUAUAUACAGCAGCAUUGAGAUAUGCAUGUGUGUCUGAUUUCAGGUCAGGACACCAGCAUUGGAAAUAUGGGAUUUGGUCUUAGCAGAUUGGAUACUGCCUCCAGACUUCUUGAUGGUUCGAGUUCCAAUGAUGAGCUUCGUGCUAGUCCUCGGAUCAAUAGGCAGUUGCAUUCCAUAGACAAUGAUAUUGCUCAGCUAACAAGCCACCAAUCUCCGCAGGAGAAUUUUAUUCUGACUCGUCCAGGGAAGCGUGAGUAUCCCAUCUCAGUAGUGACGAUGCUCGCUGGUCGAGAAGCAAAUCUUUUCAAAAGAGGGAGGUUCUCUCCAGGAGACUGCCGCCAUGUUUUGAGUAAAUAUUUGCCUGUUAAUGGUCCGUGGGUUGUGGACCAGAUGUCAACCAGGGCUUAUGUGUCGCAGUUUUCAUGGCUGCUUUUCAGGUACCAACGCAUAACACUGCAUCAAGAGAGAGAUAGAGAGGGAAAAGAAAAGGGAAAAAUGUUAAUUGUGUUUUAUAGUAUCUCUAGAUUCUUUCCUUGCAAUCAUGACCUUCCUAUUGUAUUGCUGAUGACCUGUCAGGGAAGCCAAAUUAGAAUAUAUGAUGUCGAGAGUGGAUGGAAAGUUCGAAAUAACAUUCUUGCAAGAAGCUUCACAUGGACAAUUACUGAUGCAGCCUUAUCGCCCGAUAAAAGACAUCUUGUAGCUUCCCUUUUCCCAUUGUUCCAAAAGCAUGUUUAUGGUAGCAUGUCGACUAUAGCCUACAUCGUCAACGUUGGAUCUGCUGCCAAAGAAUCCCUUGCAAACAACACUGAACAUGAAGAUGGUGGGUUUGCCUUUGGAAUGUUCUCGCUGAAAUUCUCGACAGAUGGACGUGAAAUUGUUGCUGGAAGCAAUGAUGAUGAUAUAUUAUAUGUUUAUGACCUAGAAGCGAAGAAAGUCUCUCUUCGCACCACAGGCCACAAGUCCGAUGUCAACACCGUCUGCUUUGCUGAUGAAAGUGGCCAUCUUUAGUAGUACUUCUCAUCUGCUGCUUAGUUAAUUUCUGAAUGUUAAGCAGUGGGAGUGAUCUUGUGAUAGUGAGUUAGAAUUAUUGCGAUUCUCCUGUGUCUGAUUCGUAUCACAAAAAUCCGGAGUGGGACUACAGAUGGAUGGACUACCCUUCACAAGCGAGAGAGUUGAAGCACCCUUAUGAUCAGUCGGUAGCUACGUAUAAAGGCCAUUCAGUCUAGCGCACUCUAAUCCGCUGUUACUUCUCGCCCGAAUACAGGCAAGUCUUUAGACUCCACCCAUUGUACUCGCUUAGGUUUCCUCAAAACUCUCACUUGUUUGCAGCACUGGACAGAAGUACAUGUACACCGGAUCUCACGAUUCUUGCAUCUAUAUAUAUGAUUUGGUUACUGGUGCCUAAGUGGCAAAGCUGAAGCAUCACAAGUCGACAGUGAGGGACUGUAGCUGGCACCCGAGCUACCCAAUGCUGGUCAGGGAUAUCGUGAAGUGGGAGGCUCGUGGAGGUGGGGAGGCUCCAGCACCUGCAAACAAGGAGACAUUUCUACUAAUUAAGGUUAUGGCACUGUAACUGUAAGUUCACUUGUCCCAUAAUGAAGUAAAAAACCACAUUAUGAAGUAAAAACCACAUUUUCUUAUUUAUCAUCUUCAACUUGUAAUAAAAGGAACUUUUGUUCAUACAAUACCAUAUUAUUCAUUGCGCGUGUUCUUAUCA